ACACACACACAACACACCCACCCACCCACAGACGCACGCAGCCCCGCACAGGCACACACGCGCGCAAAGGCAGGAGGAAAAGAAGACGAAAGAGAAGAAGACGAAGGAACGCCUUACCGGGUUACUAUGCACUUGCGACUGAUUUCUUGGUUUUUUAUCAUUUUGAACUUUAUGGAAUACAUCGGCAGCCAGAACGCCCCCCGGGGAAGGCGACAGCGGAGAAUGCAUCCUAACGUGAGCCAGGGUUGUCAAGGAGGAUGUGCGACCUGCUCUGAUUACAACGGGUGCUUGUCAUGUAAGCCCCGACUCUUUUUCGUUCUGGAGAGGAUUGGAAUGAAGCAGAUUGGUGUGUGUCUCUCUUCAUGUCCAAGUGGAUACUUUGGGACACGAUAUCCAGAUAUAAAUAAGUGUACAAAAUGCAAAGCGGAGUGUGAAACUUGUUUCACCAGAACCUUCUGCACAAAGUGUAAAAAUGGAUAUUACAUCCACAUGGGGAAGUGCCUCGACAGCUGUCCAGAAGGACUGGAAACCAAUAAUCACACCAUGGAGUGCACCAGCGUUGGUGAGCAGAACUUCCGAAUGUUAGAAAUGCACGGGUGGGUGCACUGUGAAGCUAGCGAAUGGAGCUCGUGGGGUCCGUGCACGAAGAAAGGGAAGACGUGUGGCUUCAAACGAGGGACCGAAACCCGAAUCAGAGAAAUCGUCCAACAUCCUUCAGCCAAGGGCAGCCCGUGCCCCGCCGUGAGUGAAACAAGGAAGUGCACAGUGCAAAGAAAGAAGUGUCAGAAGGGAGAAAGAGGUAUGGAGAGAACUUCCAAAUGGGUUGUGUUGGUUUCAUAA